UGCUUCCCAUCUCUUAGCCUCCUCGUCCAUUUUCUUCAUCAACUCUGUCUGCUUCUUGAUUAGAGCUUUGGUUUUGGUCUCUUUCUUCCAUUAUCUUACCCUUUAUUAAGAAACCUUUCCAUUAAGAUAUGGGGCUUCCAAUACUUGAAAACCAAGUUGGUAUUCUUUGUGUAAUCAUGGUACUGCUCUUGCCUGUUCUAUGUGCCUCUCAAGACACUUUUACUUCUUCAAGAGCAACCUACUACGGUAGUCCUGACUGCUAUGGGACUCAAAGUGGAGCUUGUGGGUUUGGAGAAUUCGGAAGGACUGUCAAUGAUGGCAGCGUGACUGGAGUCUCUAGGCUGUAUAGGAAUGGAACUGGUUGUGGUGCAUGCUAUCAGGUAAGGUGCAAAACACCACAAUAUUGCAGUAAGGAUGGAGUGAAUGUGGUGGUGACUGACUACGGUGAAGGUGACAAAACUGACUUCAUACUCAGCCCCCGAGCCUAUGCAAGAUUGGCACGCCCCAACGUGGUCUUGGAUUUGUUUGCUCGCGGCGUGAUUGACAUAGAAUAUCGAAGGGUCUCGUGCCACUACUCUCGUUACAACCUUAUGUUCAAGGUCCAUGAGAAUAGCAGAUAUCCUAAUUAUCUAGCUAUAACGGUUAUAUAUGCAGCCGAGAUGAAUGAUAUCACAGCCGUUGAAUUGUGGCAGGAGGAUUGCAAACAAUGGAAGGGCAUGCGCAAAGCCUUCGGGGCAGUGUGGGACAUGGCUAAUCCACCAAGUGGUUCUAUAAAAUUGAGGUUUCAAGUGAGUGGCAGCACAUGGGUGCAAUCCAAAUAUGAUCUGCCUGCUUUGUGGAGCGUAGGGGUUGCUUUUUGGUUCUAGAAAGCUCUUUCAAUUUUAAUAAUAUUUUGAUGUUUUAUGAGAUACAAGUAUGAUCAUUGCAUGCAUGGGUUACUAUGUUGAUUAUUAGUUUCUCUCUUGUUACUAGGGUAUUGUAUUGUAUUGUAUGGUUUGUCAGUAGAAGUGUUCUUGGUCAUGUUGCAAUAUGAAUAAUAGGACAGGUUAAUGAUGUACUUUGGGGUCAGUGAGAGAUCAUGAGAAUGAAUAAAUUUCAAAUUAUAAUGAGUGAAGUUACAAAUAAUUGUCCUAACUCUUUAUUUGGA